AUGUCGGAACUUGAGGAUGCCAUGGCUCUUCUUGCUUAUACUGGAAAUAAAAGAAAGUCAAAAAAGCAGGAGCCGACGAUCCCGGCUGAGAUUUCGCAUUUGCUGGAUCAAGAGCACAGAGAAAAACUCGUCAAAUUGCUAAACUCAAAAAUACUAGAGGCCGGUGGGCUGGUACAGCCCGAGCCCAAGGUCAAUAAUUUGAUUAGAUUGAUGUUCUGGGCCCAGAGCCUUUUGGACGAAUAUGGGGCCACAUAUCCGCACAUUGACCAUCUUUUAGACGUCGGCACCAAAGAACAGGUAGAGGAGCGAGAAAGCUGCCCAUCUGUCGAGAGCACGGCAAGCAAGUCUCGCAUUGCUAUCCGUCUUUCUGGCAUGUACGCAGAGGAUGACGAGGAUGCGCCGUGUAGCGGUCUCGGGUUACUCGAUGGAGUUUCUGCUGGAUUUGAUGAUGAUGAUGAUGAUGAUGAUGCCGGUGUUCCCUGUGGGGAGUUAGCAUUGACCAUCCACUGCUUUAAUGGGAUGCCAAGCUGGCCCAUCGCAGUGGCAUUGAUGAUUUUGGCCCGGAUGCUACUUGAGUCUUGGAGACCAAGUGCCGAAAUUGCUUGGGGAGACGACACACUUUGUUCUGGAUCUUCUCCGGUGGGCGGUUGGGCUGAGGUGGAGUUUGGAACCCUUCCUCUUCGCGAAGUAGGAAGGAUGCCGCCGAUUGAGGACAGCAAUUGGUCAAAUUCUGCCUUUUCGCGCCUGUGUUGUUCUGAGAGCGCCUUGUCGAGAACGUACAAUUGA